AUGCCCGCUAACAAGUUGAACAUCUCGCUUAGAGCUGUGAAAACAAGUUUUUCCAACAUACGGGCCCUUGUAGGUCCCAAGGCAGCUCCUCCUAUCCCCUCGCAUGCAAGCCUGGAUGUUGGCAUGACAAGGCCAUUAUCUUCUUCUUUCUCCCUUCGACCCGGGGAACUCACGGAUACAUCUUCUAGGUCCUCAGACCGCACACCUGCCCCAUCAUCCACCCUCCCCUCGUCGUUGUACAAUGAGGGCCAGGUUCAAGACCCCCAGCCUCCCCCAUCCUUCCCUGUUGAUGACAACGAAGAUAUCCCUGACCUUAUGGUGCUACUGGAAGGCAUCAAUAUCCAGGCUGGACCAGCCUCAGAUACAUGUCUCAUGUUCUCGGAUACGUUCAACCAAAGCACAAAUUUCCUUGAUGCCAUCAUAGAAGCAGCCCGGCUGGGCUGCAUUGAUGAGGUUUCCACUGUCGAAAAUAUUCAACGACUCUAUCAGCACAUCAGCACCACCGGAAUGAUUCUCAAAUUCCUUAUCUGUAUAGCUGAUCAUAUGGCUCACCUAGAGUCAGCUCAACGGGUUGCUCUUGAAUUUGGAGUGCGAAGGAACCAACGCAUGGUUCUUCAAUGGCUUUCUUGCAUGGAAGAUGAAGCUGCAUGCCAUUAA